UGCCCCCACCCCCCCGCCGCAUUCAACUGCCCCAAACCCACAAGCAAUCCGCAACAAACAAAAAGUCCGGGAAAGGAGUGGGAGAACGGGAGAGAGGGAAGCAGCACCCUCGGUGGGGAGAGCCGGGUUUCUUUGCAGAGACACGGUCCCGUUCACAGCGGAUCCCAAUGCAACUGCUCAUCCUCCUCCUCCUCUACGCUGUCGUCCGUGCGAACUUCUGCAGCCGUCAGGGCACCACUGCCCCUGCCCAGAGCGGAUCUAUAAAAGCCUUGCGCUCCUCGAAUAUCAGGCGAGAUGAGAGCAAUCACCUCACAGACUUGUACCGAAAAGAAGAGACCAUCAGCGUGGCAGGGAACGGCUGCAUCCACAGUCCUCGCUUCCCCAGCAGUUACCCCAGGAACCUCCUGCUGACGUGGCGGCUCCACUCCCCAGAGAGCACCAGGAUCCAGCUGGCUUUUGAUAAUCAGUUUGGACUGGAGGAGCCUGAAAAUGAUAUCUGCAGGUAUGACUUUGUGGAAGUGGAAGAUGUAUCAGAGACCAGCACGGUUAUACGAGGACGGUGGUGUGGACACAAGGAAGUACCUCCAAGAAUAACAUCAAGAACAAAUCAGAUAAAGAUAACCUUCAAAUCCGAUGACUACUUUGUGGCUAAACCAGGAUUCAAGAUUUGCUACUCCCUUGUGGAUGAUUUCCAGCAUGCAGCCUCAGAAACCAACUGGGAGUCAGUCACAAGCUCUGUCUCAGGGGUAUCCUAUCCCUCUCCAUCAGUGACUGACUCUACGCUCACAGCGGAAGCACUGGAUCAGACCAUCGCUGCAUUUGACACAGUGGAGGAUCUGCUCAAACAUUUUAACCCGGACUCCUGGCAAGAAGAUCUCGAGAAUUUGUACACAGACAGUGGCCACCAUUAUCGAGGCAGGAGCUACCAUGACAGGAAGUCCAAAGUUGACCUGGACAGGUUGAAUGAUGAUGUGAAACGUUACAGCUGCACUCCGAGAAACUACUCUGUCAAUUUAAGGGAGGAACUGAAGCUGACAAAUGUAGUUUUCUUUCCCCGCUGCCUCCUUGUCCAGCGCUGUGGAGGGAACUGUGGCUGUGGGACUUCGAACUGGAAAUCCUGCACGUGUGUGUCAGGGAAAACCGUGAAAAAAUAUCAUGAGGUGCUGAAAUUCAUCCCUGAGGCUGGGCAUCCCAGAAGAAAAGGCAGAACCAGGAACAACAUGGCCUUAGUAGAUAUACAGCUGGAUCACCAUGAGCGUUGUGAUUGUAUCUGCAGUUCAAGACCACCACGAUAAGAUGAAAAAGAGAAAAAAAAAAAAGAAAAAAACAAGUCACACUAAUUGCAGCUUACCGGAUGUUUACUUUUAAGCAGGAUUGCUCUGAGGACCUUCACUCACUAAUCAUUUGAACUUUGCUACUAGCCUGCCUUUGCAAUUAGCAAAAAUGAUUGCUGUGUUUCAGCAUAGCCAUGCUGAUUAGUGCCAUGGCAGCUAAACAGGUAUAUCAUAGAUUUAUGUAUCAGCAUCUGAGAAUAUAGGAUUAAGGUUAUCUGUAGCUAGAUUCUGAGGGUUGAGAUUUUCAAAGCUCACUUGUAGUCCUUAGGCACACAAUGCCCACUGAAAAGAAACACCAGAUGUGUAGGUAUUUGUGGUAGCUGGCAAUGAAAUAGCAUUGCAUUUCUGUUUCUCACUCAUCAGUUCCUACACUCAAAUUCUGCUGCCAUUUCUACCUACUCAGCCCUCCUGAGAGUCAGUAGGGUUUUGUGGGUAUAAAUGAAGAGAGAAUUUGAGCCUUUAUGAGUGUAAAAUUGUUUAUCCUGCUUGAAGAGGGAACUUCCCAGUGUUCUGGUGCAACAGAGUGAGAAAUACUGAGGAAAACUGAUCACUAUGUUAAAUAGCACACCACUAAGAUAAAAUCUCACUGUUUUUACUGAAGCAAAUGGUGUGCUGAAAUUAGUAGGUGCUUUGCGUAAGCUGGGAUACUGGUGGUGGUGGUGGGGUGUGGAGGCUGGUAUUUUUGCCACGGUGACUCCCCAGGAGCCAUCGUCCAGGUGCUUCUGCAAGAGGGGGCUCCCACCAGGUCCCCAGGUAAAUCCCUGUGGGCUGGGGCUGAUUCUGGUCUCUACCUACAUGAUCUGGACUCGUGCCCCUCACACAGAGCUGCCCACAGUUGCCUGGAAGGAGCCCCCUCAACACGAAAAGAGACAGACAACCCUCCCCUUGUAUCCUCCUCGCCGCAGUUCGAGGAGGCCAUGUUUCCCCCACGCAGGCAAUGAAGAUUGGGCACUUGAUUGUUGAAAAUAUUGAUUUGUUUUGUAGUUGUGUUACUGGGAAACGAAACUGUGCUUGAGAUUUAAUUAUCAUUAUUUGGUUUGGGGUUUGUUUGUUUGUUUGUUUGUUUUAAAUAUGGAUUAUUAUAACUGCGUCAUAUAUGCAUUAAUCUUAGUUAUCUGAGGUUAGUUGUCUCAUUUCAGCUCUGUGUAUUGCCAUGGUUAAACUGUUGACAGUGAAUUUCUUUUUGAUUGCAUUUUACUGAGGCGUAUUAACUCAUUAAGCAAUGUCUGUCUGUCAUGGAAAAUGUGCAUCAUUUAUUAAGAAUAUUAUUAAACACCACCUCAUAAUAAAACAAGCACUUUAAAAGCUACACCAUAGCUUCCUAUGCCUUUUAAAAUAUAUUGAAAGUGCUCCAGCAGAAAAGGAAAAAAAAAUCCUUUCAAACUAGCUUUAAAGGAUUUUAAAUGCUGCUCCAAAAGUGUAAAGUACACUUUUGUGGAUUUAAAUCUGGCAAAGAAUUGGAGUUUUGAUCAUGAAUGCAACAGAGUGAAUGGGGCAGCAUGCUUAAUGGCUGAGGUUUUAUAUUUAAUAGCAGACAUAGGCUGCAUCAGUUCAUCUUGUUUGUGUUGCCUCUUGUGUUUCUGUCUCUCUGAAAGAGCAAAGUAGUUUGAUAAUAGUGCAUUGAUAAUUAGUGGAAACUGGCAUGUGCUAUAAUAUAAUAUUGAGAGCCUUCAAGCCGGUAUGGUUUAGCAACCUACAAUUUUGUUGCAAAAGUGCCCUAAUGUUCUGAUUUACCCUCUUUAUUAGCUCAAGUAUUUUAUAAGUGCUCUUUUAUAAUUUUAGCAAAACUUUACUGAAACAUCCCUUAGAAAUGUUGUGUUACUUUCUUUCCUGUACUUUAACCUUUGAGAUUCAAAAAGUGCGGGGUUUUUAUUAUUUAUAUUAAUUUUUCCUCUUUGGGUCCCAGAUGUCUAUUUAAAAAUGCUCUUGAAUGCUGAUUUGGGAAGUGAUUCAUCAUUUUUCAAAGCAAUUCACAUUAAAAAACCAGCACUGUAACCGAAGAUUGACAGUUUUGUUUCAUAGUUCAGGACUGUUUAAAGAAAAUUUCAUUCUUUUUCUAUCUUCAGUUUAAUAACAAGAUUGACCCUGUCCUUCCAUAAUUUUCAGCUAAUUUUGGAAGAAAUUUGCAUGCAAGAUGUUGGCAGUACUGGUUGUUUUUGAGACAGUGCACUCCAAUGUAUAUUCCUGACUGAAUUAUGCCGAAAUUAUGCCUAAGCAUUCUGGCCUCAUAGUCAGCAUUGGCUGUAGGAAGCAUCAGUUUCAUAUGGCUUUGUGCUUUGAGUGGUCCUUUAAUGCCCACCCCCAGGAGAAAAAGUUCACUGGACACACACCACACCUGGUGUCUCCCACACACCUCUCCCUGCUUGCCCAGCCUCCACCCCAGCAGCCAUGUGCUGGGGGGGGGUCUUUACACUUCCUAAUUUGGGGGGUCCAGCCUCAUCUGGGAGCCUGAAUUACCAGGGACUUGGGAGAGGGAGGCUCUUCCAAAGCAUGCCCUAGCCCCCAGGUUGAAAUCACCCAGUGUGGGAGCUUUUCUUUCUGUCUUUUGAUGAUAUAGAAAGAUCAGAAAACUGACUUGGGCAUCUGAAUGAGGUACCUAAAGGUAGAUGGUAUGAAUACCCAUUUUAAAGACUGAACAGCUAAUAGUUUAUCUAACUUGAUUAGGAACAGGCAGCAGGGUCCAGCAGAAAAAUUCAGCUGUAAAGUAAAAAGACAUUGGUAUAGUAGGGAUUAUCCUCUUGAUUAAUGUUGGGUUUACUUUCUUAAAUAUAAGCCAAACUUAUCACCAAAUUUAAAGUAUUGCUCCUUGGAAACUUAGUAAUGAAUGGAACCACUUACUGCUUCGUGCUGCCGUCUGCCAUACAGACAGCAUGCUCCCAGCCUGUGCAGGAGAGUCAAGGAUGGGCUUUAUGUGGCUGUGUGGGGUGAUAAUAUGCAUGUGAACUAGGAAGAAUUCCUAAAAACCUGAGCCCCAAGCUGCAGUGACCGUGAUGAAACCAAAUACAGCAAAACUUUUCCUUUUUAUUUAUUAGCAGAAAUUGCAGGGUUGUUUUCCCAUACCUUUGUUUUCUCUUUUGUCUGUGUAAAAACUGUUAUGUUGUUUAUAUAUUAUUUUAACAUAAAAAGCAAAAGUAUUAAAAAAACUAAUCUGGUUCAUUUUUUAUUGGUGGAAUUGGAACCCCCCAAAAUAAAUAUAUUUUCAGAGGAAAUUGAGAAAGAUUCCUGAUUUCAAACCACAUGCUGGCUUUUUAUUUACUGUAUUCUUCUGGGAUAGAGCCUACUUUCUCAAGUGCAAUCUAUAUAUAUUUUUUUUGUUAUCUCAGUUAAAUGCAGCUUUCCUAGCAGUAUUUUUUACUUUAUGCGGUAUGUAAUGUGUCUUAUCUUGAUAAGAAAAUAAAUACUGCUUUUGAAA